CACGGAGGAGGCCCCAGCUCCCAAGGGGCUGAGCAGCGGGAGCAGUAGCCAGGGGGAGGAGCUGAGCCACACUUGCGAGACCCCCUCCCCGCCCAAGAAGCAUGAACAGGAAAGACAGCAAGAGGAAAGGGCUCCCAUGAUUCCCUAGGAGCUGUGCCCACAGGAAGUCCCACCAGGAAUGCAUGGCGAAGACAGCAGGACGGUGCCGGCCCCGACAGGCCCGUCGCCACAAGACGUGUCCCAGCCCCCGGGAAAUCAGCAAGGUCAUGGAGUCCAUGAAUCUGGGUGUGCUGAGUGAGGGUGGCUGCAGCGAGGAUGAGCUGUUGGAGAAAUGCAUCCAGUCUUUCGACUCAACUGGCAGCCUGCGCCGUGGGGACUACAUCCUCAACAUGAUGCUGGCCAUGCACAGCUGGGUGCUUCCUUCCGCCAACCUGGCUGCCCGUCUGCUGGCCUUGUACCAGAAAGCCACAGGGGACACCCAGGAGCGGAGGCGGCUGCAGAUCUGCCACCUGGUCAGGUACUGGCUGGCAAACCACCCUGAGGCGGUGCACCAGGAGCCACAGCUGGAAGAAAUGAUAGGACGUUUCUGGGCCACUGUGGCCCAGGAGGGCAACUUGGCCCAAAGAAGCCUGGGAGAUGCCUCCAACCUCCUGAGCCCUGGUGGCCCUGGCCCCCCACCCCCCAUGAGCAGCCCAGGAUUAGGCAAAAAGCGCAAAGUGUCCUUGCUUUUCGACCACCUGGAGACGGGGGAGCUGGCUCAGCACCUCACUUACCUGGAGUUCCGGUCCUUCCAGGCUAUCACGCCGCAGGACCUGCGGGGCUACGUUUUGCAGGGCUCAGUGCGGGGCAGCCCGGCCCUGGAGGGUUCCGUAGCUCUCAGCAACAGCGUGUCCCGCUGGGUGCAGGUCAUGGUGCUGAGCCGUCCUGGGCCCGCACAGCGCGCGCAGGUGCUGGACAAGUUCAUCCACGUGGCACAGAGGCUUCGCCAGCUGCAGAAUUUCAACACACUGAUGGCCGUCACGGGGGGCCUAUGUCAUAGUGCCAUCUCCAGACUCAAGGACUCCAAUGCCCACCUGAGCCCCGACAGCACCAAGGCCCUGCUGGAGCUGAAUGAGCUCCUGGCCUCCCACAACAACUACGCCUGCUACCGCCGCACCUGGGCCAGGUGCACAGGCUUCCGGCUGCCCGUCCUGGGUGUGCACCUCAAGGACCUGGUGUCCCUGCACGAGGCACAGCCCGACAGGUUGCCUGACGGUCGUCUGCACCUCUCCAAGCUGAACAGCCUCUACCUGCGGCUGCAGGAACUGGCAGCUCUCCAGGGGCAGCAGCCCCCCUGCAAUGCCAACGAGGACCUGCUGCAUCUGCUCACGCUCUCCCUGGAUCUCUUCUACACAGAGGACGAGAUCUACGAGCUUUCAUAUGCCCGGGAGCCGCGCUGUCCCAAGAGUCUGCCACCCUCCCCCUUCAAAGUGCCUUUGGUAGUGGAGUGGGCCCCUGGUGUGACACCCAAGCCAGACAGGGCAACCCUGGGUCGGCAUGUAGAGCAGCUGGUGGAGUCUGUGUUCAAGAAUUAUGACCCUGAAGGCCAAGGAACCAUCUCUCAGGAGGACUUUGAGCGGCUCUCAGGCAGCUUCCCCUUCGCUUGCCAUGGGCUUCACCCACCCCCACACCAGGGGAGUGGCUCCUUCAGCAGAGAGGAGCUAACAGGGUACCUGCUGCGCGCCAGCGCCAUCUGCUCCAAGCUGGGCCUGGCCUUCCUGCACACCUUCCAUGAGGUCACCUUCCGCAAGCCCACCUUCUGUGACAGCUGCAGCGGCUUUCUCUGGGGUGUAACCAAGCAAGGCUACCGCUGUCGAGACUGUGGACUGUGCUGCCACAAACACUGCAGAGACCAAGUGAAGGUGGAGUGUAAGAAGAGGCCAGGGGUCAAGGGUGAUGUGGGACCCCCAGGAGCCCCUGUCCCACCCAUCCCAGCUGCCAAUGCCAGCUCUGGCCCCGAGGAAAACCUGUCCUAUACACUAUCCCUGGAACCUGAGACUGGGUGCCAUGUUCGUCAUGCUUGGACUCAGACAGAGUCCCCACACCCUUCCUGGGAACCAGAGACGGAAGGGAACGACGAGAUGCGGGCGACCAAAGGACUCUGUGUGGCAGAGCAGCAGGGGCCUGUCCAGACCCAAGGGCAGAGACCCCCACCCUUCCACCAAACCAAGCACCCCUGACCUGGCCCCACAGAGGCAGGUUCUCCAG